AGCGGCUGCUGCGGGGCGGAAGUGCAUCCCCGGAGCCGGUCUAGGAAAGCGGGAGGACCCUGCGCGUCAGUGGUCAGGGACACAGUGGGUUUCGCGAGGUGCACUGGGACAUUCCAGCAAACCGACCGGCCCUGCCCCAGCCUGGCGAAGAUGGGGUGAAUUAGUGCGAGAACAGCAGACGGGGAAGCUGGGACCGGCAUGGGGGCGUGGGCCCGCUGGCCACCUGUUCCUCCCGCGAGUGCGGCUCGCGCGGAUUGGCCGUAGUGCGGCCCGGCACCGGAAGUGGCCGGUGUGGGUCGCCCGUGACACCAGACAACAGCUGCGGUUCUGUGCGCGCCGCGGUGCAGCGCCCCGGGCCCGGCGGAGUGAGCGUGGGCGGCAUCCGCCAGCGGUGGUGAUAUGGGGACUGAGAAAAGGGAGGUGCUUCCCAAGGAAGAAAUUUCUGAAGAUCCUGAGCCUCGUGGGCCGACAUUAGAAAAGAUUGCACAGGAGGUUUGCCAAGGCCAUGAGUUUGGAGCAGCAAGUGAGGAAGACAUAUUAGAGGGACAUUUGAGAGAGGCCUCAGAAGAGAUUAUAGAACAAACGUAUCCUCAGGAGAGAGGCUUUGCGUCAGGGUUACUUCUCUUCAAGAAGUCGUCCUUAGGUAAGAAAGACCAGAAAAACAGUGAGAGUCCGAGAGGCUUCAGUCCUAACCCGAGUGUACUGAUGUGUCAUGGAGGUGCUACAGCUGAGGAGGACAGCGUGUGUGCUGCCUCUGGCCACAGCUUGAUGCAGAGUAUAGAGCUUACUAAGACACAGGGGCUGUCUGUGGGAGAGAAGCCUCACACAUGUAAAGACUGUGGGAAAGCUUUUAACCAGAACUCACAUCUCAUCCAGCACAUGAGAGUCCAUAGUGGAGAAAAACCGUUCGAAUGCAAGGAGUGUGGAAAGACCUUCGGGACCAACUCCAGCCUUCGAAGGCACCAGAGGAUUCAUGCCGGAGAGAAGCCCUUUGCUUGUACCGAGUGUGGCAAGGCCUUCAUUCAGAGCUCACAUCUGAUCCACCACCACAGAAUCCAUACCGGAGAAAGACCUUAUAAAUGUGAAGAGUGUGGGAAGGCCUUCAGUCAGAACUCAGCCCUCAUUCUGCACCAGAGAAUCCACACGGGAGAGAAACCUUAUGAGUGUAACGAGUGCGGGAAGACCUUUCGGGUUAGCUCACAGCUCAUCCAGCAUCAGAGAAUUCACACAGAAGAAAGAUACCACGAGUGCAGUGAGUGCGGCAAGGCCUUCAAGCACAGCUCCGGCCUCAUCAGACAUCAGAAAAUCCACACAGGAGAAAAGCCCUACCUGUGUAACGAAUGUGGGAAAGGCUUUGGUCAGAGCUCAGAGCUUAUCCGCCAUCAAAGAAUCCACACAGGGGACAAGCCCUAUGAAUGCAGUGAAUGUGGGAAAACUUUUGGCCAGAACUCAGAGAUUAUUAGACAUAUCAGAAUUCACACUGGGGAGAAGCCCUAUGUGUGCAAAGAGUGUGGGAAGGCCUUCCGGGGCAACUCGGAGCUCCUGCGGCACGAGAGGAUUCACACCGGGGAGAAACCCUAUGAAUGCUUUGAGUGUGGGAAGGCCUUCAGACGGACCUCUCAUCUGAUUGUGCACCAGAGAAUACAUACUGGAGAGAAACCCCAUCAGUGUAAUGAGUGUGCAAGAACCUUCUGGGAUAAUUCUGAGCUGCUGCUUCACCAGAAGAUUCACAUCGGAGAGAAACCUUAUGAGUGCAGUGAAUGUGAGAAAACGUUCAGCCAGCACUCCCAGCUCACCAUCCACCAGAGGAUUCACACUGGAGAGAAGCCAUACGAGUGCCAAGAGUGCCAGAAGACCUUUAGUCGGAGCUCCCACCUCCUCCGGCACCAGAGCGUUCACUGUAGCGAGUGAUGUGCAACCCAGGAAGGUGGUGUGGAGAGGCCGGAGGCAGGCUUCUCCACAGCUCUGUACCCAGAUGAAGGGACAGGGCCUCCCUGCCCUCUGCCCGUCUGCUGAGUGUGUGUCAGUCGUCCACUGAAAGUGACGAGGCAGUUUUAUCAACUAUUUAUUGAGAAGUUUCAGUGCACUGAAUUAAAUCAUAAAAGUUGUUUCAGGCCUUAAUCCUCCUCUGGCCUUUCCUUCCUUCUUUCUGUCUCCACAGGGGUCUAUACAUGUGUCUAGCCUAAAUUGUUGUUAUUUAUGAAAAGUGGGGACAGGAUUCACCAUUCCUAAGAACCCGAGAGUUGACUCAAUGUUUCCUGAAAUGUUAGAAAGUUGUAAUCUAUCCUGUCCACUGCUUAGCUUUGGAAUACUUUCCCUCUGUUUUCUUUUUUUAAGCCUCAAAUCUCCCAGCCAUGAUGAACAUAAUGAAAAAGCAGGAAGCUUGCAUCUUCCCACACUUCCUGAUGGGUUCCUUACUUAUCUGAAGAGUUUUCUAUGAAAAGGAUAAAGUUUACAGGACAGGGACCUGAAAGUCCAGAGGAGGGUGGAGAAUCAGUGGAAGCAGGCUCCUGAGCCUGGGCGGAAGAGGCUUGGUAGUGGCUGUCCUUGCCUCAGCACUGUGAGCAGACUGCCCAGGCACCUGCCACAUGCCCUUGGUCCCCGCUCCUGCUGUUGCAGCCAUCCUGUCAGGAAGUAGUACGCAGGGUCCUGUGGCCUUCCUCUGCCAGGCUGCUGGCCAUGGUGGUGAGCUGGCUAACCUGACUAACCAGGCUGGCCCUUCCAGCACUGAGCUCGCAUGACCAGAGCUGGGGGCUGGGGAACAGAUGGUAGGUGACAGCCUUUUUGGCUUGUCUGAUGGUCAUAGAAUUCUUUUUCCAACAUCUCUACAUGUCUUCUGUGUCCUCCGUUUCUCACGUUUCCAUGUUUGGGGUAGGUAGUAGGAACAGCGAUGACACUAAAGAAAACCUAGGAGCCUGGGCUCUCUUCUCAGAGCUGUCCCUUCAGGAAGGUCCCUCAGGCCCUGCUGUCCAUUCUCUCAUCUGCAGAGCAAGGUCUCAGCUGGCCUCAAUAAAGUAGACUAAUCCUCUUCCUUUCAGCACUUGCCUUUAACUAGUCUUUGGGUCAGGCAAGCACUCUACCAUAAACUAUGGCUCUAACCCUACUGUCCUUCUGUCCAGGUUAAUCUAUUACUCACUGUGCAGCCCAGACAGACCUCAGAUUUGUGAUCUUCCUGCCUCAGCUCCCUAAGUAGUUGGGAUCACUAAAACUUGUCUGCCCGGCGGUGGUGGCACACCCCUGUAAUCCCAGCACUCUGGGAGGCAGAGGCAGGUGGGUUUCUGAGUUCAAAGCCAGCCUGGUCUACAAGAGUGAGUUUCAGGACAGCCAGGGCUACACAGAGAAACCCUGUCUCAGAAAAAAAAACCAAAAAACCAAACCAAAACAAAACAAAAAACCCUUGUCUGCCCACAGACAGGCUUCUGAUGAUCAGUAUUUAUUAUUCACUAUGUGCCAGGCAGUGUGCUGUCCCCUUACAUUUAUUUCUCAUGAUAUGUCUACGGUGUGCGCACACCUUUAAAAAAUAGCUUUAUUUAAGGGGCCGGAGAGCUGGCUCCGAGGUUAAGAGCACUGACUAUUCUUCUGACGGUCCUGAGUUCAAAUCCCACCAACCACAUGGUGGCUUACAACUAUCCGUGAUGAGAUCUGACGCCCUCUUCUGGUGUCUGAAGACAGCUACAGUGUACUUACAUAUAAUAAAUAAAUAAAUCUUAAAAAAUAGCUUUAUUUAGGUUCAGUUUACAUAUCAUAGGGUUUGCAAUGUUAAGUGUUCAGUUGAGUGACUUUUAGUAAAUUACAGAGUUUCGAUAUUUUCCUCAAUGAAGUGUUCUGGAGUCAACUUAAAGAUGAAUGAGUUUGGCAGGACAGGGAGUGCUGGGUGAUUUACCUGUGAUAGUAUUAAGUGCAGAACUAAGACGAUAGGCUACUGUUCUAUUAACCACUGUACUGUGUACAGGCUGAUUCAUUAUUGCCUGAUUCUAAACCUUUUGCACUCCUUCUUUUUUCCUUACCAGUCACCACCUAGAUUUUAAUAUAAAGAAUUUAUACCAUACUUUUGCAAAUGUAACUCACCAAAGCCCAGUUCUGCAGAACAGGCUUGUUCAGUACCCUGAUAGCAGUUCUCAGGUCACUCCAUUUCCCAGGUAGCUCCACUGGGUCAGUGUCUGGCAGGGGAGGCUCUCUGGCUGCCCUGGGUGUGGCCUCACUCUUUGCUGAUGUUUUGCUUAGGCUCGAAGUGAGUUCUGCUCACACCAUCUUUCUCACAUGACCCACUGCUUUAACUUCUGGUUUCUGUUUGGCCAUAUUUUAAUUUCAGAUUCAUCCCUUCCCGUCCUCAGAUAGAACCAGCACCUUAUAAGCCCCAUUUAUAAUGUGAUUGAAUAAUUGCAAUAAAAGUUAAAAAGCCAAGUGAAAACCCCGUCUGAAAAAGACAUCAGCGCUCCUCAGGCUCCACAAAGGAAGCUUGCACAGACCACUCGAGAGCACUAAGGACUUCUCUGCAGGUGGCCCCUCCUGUUAGUACCCUCAGAAGUCCCUUCAUGUUGAAACUGGCAGUACAGAGUUUGUUUUGUUCUUUUUGAGACAGAGUCUCUCCAUGUACUCUUGGCCAGCCUGAAGUUUGCUGUGUAGACCAGGCGGAUCUUGAAAUUGGAGAUUCACUUGUCUCUGCCUCUUCAUGGUAGGAUUAAAGACAUGAACCAUCAUGCCUGGCCCUUUUCAGUGUCCGUCAGUUUGGGCUGUUACUGUUGUUUUGGUUUUUGCUUUUGAUAACCAAAUCCUUUCACCCAAGUUCAGCACAUAGUUACUUUCUUUUUCCCUUCCUCUCUCUCUUUCUCGUUCUUUUCUCAUUUUAAGACAUGUCUCAGAUAGCCCAGCCUGACUGGGGAUGGCCUUGGACAUCUGAACCUCCUGCCUCCAGAGUGCUGGGAUCACAGUCGUGCACCAUCAUACCCAGUUCAUGUGUGCUGGAGAUGCAGCUCGGGGCUCUGGGCAUGAUAGGCAAGCACCCGCUGGGCUCUGUUCUCAACUCUGCUUCCUCAAACCAUCCAUCGCUGCUUAGCAAAAAAAAAAAAAAAAAAAGGCCCUUUACUCAGCCCGUUCUCAGACAAGUGUUUGUUAAGCCUUGCAUGCUUGGAGGAGAAUGACGGCUUCAUGUCCCUACAAGAAUCUGUGUGUGUGUUGCCUGAGAGAAAUUGUGGCUGAUGAAAUAGUCUUCAUCUAUGUUUGUCAUGUGUAUAUCCUCUGUCCUCGUGUGUUGACCCCCCUACCUGUCACUUGGUUGUUUCAGGGAGAUUUCUCCUCCUUUGCUCUCCUUCUCCUUCGACUCUCCCUGGUGUCAAAUGUCCCACUAUAGCCGUGGCUAGCAGUCAUAAUUCUAUGCAAGGAGAGUCCUGCCAGAGACAAGUCAUGGGUUACGCUCAAGAAAUAAAGUAGGGCUCGCAGUCUGAAAGCCAUUAACUGCCCAGAGAAACUGCAGAAUCUUUGAAGGCAUGUCAACACCUGUUUUCUUCCUUCCCUAACAUUUUAAGCAAAUAAAAUGUCUUUGCAGAUGUCUCAAUAUGCCUUUUUGUUGUGUGUUUCUCUAAGCUGUGUUGUGUUUCCUUAUGGUCUCAGCAUGACUUCGGACUGCUUCCAUGUGCCCCGCUUGGCUCUCCUUUCCCCAAGUGCACCGUCAAGCCUUGCUCUCGGGUGACUUCUC